UUUUAGGAGUCGUUUCUUUAAACCAUUUAGUGUCCAAUUAUCAAUUAGCUUGUCUUUUCGCUUUCCGGGAAUGCUGUAUACAACCUCUUGGAGUUGUGUGCCACCCAAAUACAGAGGUUUGUUCCUCUUCUUCGCAGUGUCCUUUAUUUCCUCUGUAUCCAAAUAUAUGGAAAAUGAACGAUACAUUUUUUCCACUCUGUGCGCAGGAGUGGCAUCCCAAAGGAAAGGUGAUAUACCUGCCGAGCUCAUCUCUUUCCACAACCUCGGACUCACGCCGUCCAACGUCUUUACAAUUAAAUGUAAUGCAUUCCAACGACAAUUUAAUGUCCCUAGUUCUCAUUAUCAGCAAUUAAAUGUCGCAGAUGACUAUUAUCAGUCAAUGCCGACAAUUUAAUGUCUUUCGCUGCAAUUUAAUGCAAAGGAUUUUGAAUUUUCCUUAAAAUUUGAUGCAAUUAAUCUUGCAUUCCUCCAGCUCAAUUAAAUAUUUACCUCAAUCGCCAAUGUAAUGACCCGCGGUUUACAAACACACACACACAGUUUUUAGUUUAAUCGUUUUUCAAUUUAAUUCUUUUUAUUUUCUCGAAAACCCAAAAUCAUACAAUACUUUGCAUGUCUACUUAAACUUCGAAUGACAAUUUCAUACCUAGAAACAUAACUACUCAAUAUCAGUGUUUCCAGAUCUUCACAAAUAUCAUUUGGCAAAUUUAUGUUUUGGUGCUAAAUUUGGCAAAUUUGUUUUUGUACCAAAUUCUGUUAAGGGUCUGUCAGAUAGAAUACGUUGUGUCCGUUGCGGCAACGUAUUUGACUGACGUGACGUACAAAAAGUAUAGACUCGCCACAACAAAUCCGUCGUCGUACAUAAGAAAACAGCUGAUUUGCAUUGGUGGUAAAAUUCAGUUUGAAAACAUACAACAUUUUCUGUUAUUUGAAAAUGGAAACCUCACAAUUAAUGAACAUUAAAUUAUUAAUCCUAACGCUGUUCGAGGCCGGCGAAUGCUUGAAAAAAUUGUACGGGCGUAGAAGAUAUUGGGUGCGACCACUAUUGCGGAAUCGCGACACGCAUGGAUUUUUCGCCACCACAUUUUGCUUCCCAGACGAAUUCCAGAAAACCAUAAGGAUGGAAAAGAACACAUUCGAUCUCCUCCUGACUUUCGUAAAAGAGAGGUUAAGGAAGCACUCCAAUAGGUCAUCAAUUUCACCGGAAUGUCGACUUUUUAUGACCCUUGCAUAUUUAGCUCAUGACGGAAGUAAGCAGAUAUUUUCUGCUGCCUUUAAAAUUGGGGUGUCAACUAUGAAAGGAAUAGUAUCAGAAACCUGCGAAGUGCUUUGGGAAAUACUUGGCCCAAUAUAUUUAUCAGUCCCAAAGGAAAAUGAGUGGAAGCGAAUCGCCAUUGAUUUUUACACAAUGUGGGAUUUACCCAAUUGUGUUGGCGCUAUUGAUGGCAAGCACAUCAAUUUAACUUGCCCAUCGAACUCUGGCUCCCAGUUUUACAAUUAUAAACGGAACUACUCCAUUGUCCUUCUGGCAGCUUGUGAAGCUAAUUACACAUUUACUUCCGUGGAUAUUGGUGCGUUUGGUUCCCAAAGUGACGGUGGAGUUAUGUGGAACUCAAGAUUCGUUCAACAGUUGUAUAAGGGCCAAUUGGAUCUACCAACAGAAGAAAUACUACCCGGUACAAAUAAAAGUUUCCCGCACUAUUUCGUUGCAGAUGCCGCGUUCCCAUUAAAACCAUUUUUAAUUAGACCUUAUCCAGUAACUUGCCGCCUGAAAAGGAAAUAUUUAAUAAACAUUUGUCACGGGCCCGUAGGGUAAUAGAAAAUGCUUUUGGUAUUUUGGCGAGCCGAUGGAGGAUUUUGUUGUGAUCCCUACAAAUGAGCCCAGCAUCCGCAGAGAAAGUUAUUAAAGCCACGGUACUUCUUCACAAUUUCCUCAAAAUGCAUGAUGGCAUUUAUUGUCCGCCAGAAUAUGUCGACCGGACGACGGCAUUGUAUUGAUAAAUGGUCUGUGGCGCAACGAAGUGCCUGUCCCUUUACAGAGAGCCAGGAGAACAGCUUCAAAUAAUGCAGCAAAAUGCGCAUUCAAAUUAAGGGAUGAACUCAUGAGCUAUGUCGUUUCACAUCCAAUUCGGCAAUUUUCCCGGCAGUAACUUCAUAUUUGUUUAAUAAAAAAUACUGAUGAAAGCAUGUAUCAAACAUUUAGUAUUUCUUGUCAUAUUUUAAUUUACUAAAA